CAAAAAUUACAGCAACUACAAAAACCAAACACCCUGGCAGAGAGAACCCAGGAGGAAAAAAGCUCUCCUGAUCUCUCUUCUGGGUUUGACCCUGGGAGUCUCUGCUCAGGGGUUUAUAUAGUGGCAGGGGGUUGGUUCUGCCAGGGCAUGGGUCUUGUCAGUUAAAGCCAGCUGUGCAAUGAACUCUCAGGCCUUGGAAACUGACAUGAAAUCCACCAGUCAGAAGUCCACGUGGAGGAGACAGGAAACUCACCAGUCAGAUGUACCUGUGGAGGAGACAGCAAGGCGCCAGCCUCUCCCCCCCAGGUUUUCUGCCCUUCCAGCAAGCUGGUUCCUCCAUCCACAGGAGCAUCAACACCUCCAGGGCUAACGCAGCAGGUCAUGGUGCUACCUUGUCCUGCAUCACUAUGACACCAUAACACUCUAACUAGAACACAGAGUGAGCCUGUCUCCAAAAAAAAAAAAAAAAAAAAAAAAUCACGUGGAAAGGGCAGUUUUUCUCAAGAUACCACCAAGUUACUAUCCUAUAUUUGUGUGGGGUUAUACUGAAUUUAACACAUUUUAGGCACUUUUCUUCAAUUUUUGUAUUUCACAAUGAAACAGUUUCAAGGGGAAAAUGUUUGAAUUACCAGAGUUUGAAAAUACCGAAAAAAAAUUACUCCUCUGUCAGAAAGUCUACAUAUAAAUCUGCAUGAUGUACAUGUAGGAAAGGGAACAAAUGAAAAAAAAUUGUCAAGUAUGUACUGCGGCAAAAAGAAUGGCAUAAAUCAUAUUUACAAAAUAAUAUAAUCACGAACAUUAACUUAAACCCUUUAACGGUAAUCGGAGGAUGGGAAUAAGAUAUUUGCCCAUGUGAGGGAUAUUACCCUGGGUUUAACAAAUGCCCAUGUAUUCUCAGGCAGUGCCCGGGGUGGGGGUGGCAUGCACCCAGCUGUGUCCCAAAGACUAUUUCUCCUUCCUUCUAACCCAGGCGGGUGCUUGUGGGAUUAGAGGUAUCCACCCAGUCAGGCCGAGUCGCUGGCAGAGACAACACAGUGACACAGUCUUGCAGGACGUUCACGCCACACGAUGUCUGUCGGAGGCUCACGGCGCCAGCUCUGGGGGAAAGGAAGCGCACCGUCCCGCUGAGGCACUGCUUCGGCUUUCCAGGCUCUGGACUACAUUUCCCAGGGGCUUCGCGACCACGAAUGAGGCUACAGAAAGAGAAGAAUCCAGAAGACUAGUUGACUCUGGGAAUUUGAAGUCAUGGCCCCUCAGUUGAUAAUACUCAGGGAUGUGGCUGUAGAUUUCUCUCAGGAGGAAUGGGAGUGCCUAGACCUGAAACAGAGGGAUUUGUACAGAGAUGUGAUGUUGGAGAACUACAGCAACAUGGUCUCACUGGGACUUUGCAUUUAUCAGCCAGAUGUGUUUGCUUCAUUGGAGAAAGGGAAAGAGUCCUGGAAAAUCCUGAGAGAUGAAACAAGAGGACCAAGCCCAGGUUCUGCUGAAAAAAUGUCAGACUCUAAUCAUGGUAGCACCCAGAAGAAUUUCUCUGAGGAGGAAAUAGGUGAUGAAGAAAGUGUGAUUUUGACAUUGGUUCCAGUUAAAGAUGAUUCAAAUAAUGAACAAAUGGAACCAACUGUUUCUUCAACUUCUAAUGUCAAACUGAACAAUCCCCAGAAACACCAUGACGUCCAUCUACCUCCAACAAAUAAACAAUCAAAAGUUAUCCAAAAAGCUAGAUGUAAAAAACCUGUUCUUCCCUUGCCAACCAUUUUGCCUCCCAUUAAUGAUGUGCGUCGAGACACUUUGAGGAACUGGUGCCAGCAACUCAAAUUGAGUACUGACGGCAAGAAAACAGAAGUUUUUCUGAGGCUUCAGGAGCAUGCCUUUCCUGAACAGAAGUGUGAAAUUCCUGAAACACCAAAGGAGGCCAGAUUACAUUCAUGUUCAAGGAAAUUCAAGGCAGAGACCAAGAGAGCAAGCCCUCAGGAAAAGUCCAAGAUGAGUGUGAAAACAGAAGAGAUGGAUAGAGUGGAAGUGAUAACAUCGGCUCAGGAAUCUGUAGUGGCAUCCUGGGCAAGGAUUGCUGCAAAAGCUGGUCAGCCUAAGAGGGUGAAUUCACGGUCCAUUCCUGAUUUUGCUGAGGCCUUUUUGACAACAGCUUCUGGCCUCAGGUGGUGUGUGAUCCACGGGGAAGCUCUCCCUGCAGACACAGAGGGUUGGGUCCGCCUACAGUUUCAUGCAGGUCAGGCCUGGGUGCCUGCCACUCCCAGGAGCAUGAUUUCCCUCUUCUUGUUACCAGCCUGCAUUUCCCCAUCUCCAGGCCUAGAAGAUAAUAUGUUAUGCCCUGACUGUGCUAAGAGAAAUAAGAAGAUAAUGAAAAGAUUAAUGAUAGCGAAGAGGAAGAAGCAAUCUACUUCAAACACAAAGUAGGAGACCAAAAUAUGCCACCUCAAAAACUCUGUGUGAGAAGAGGAGGGUGAAUAAGGAAGAUGUUAUGGUCCCAAGUAUUAGAGAGUGAUGGAUAUACUUUCAGAAUGUGUAAGCUGAUUUGAGGAAAUGGAAGAAGAGAUCAUUGGAAGGAACCUUUGUGAUCUACAAAACAGAAUCAAGUAAUUAGGACUCCAUUGUGAAGAUGGUUGACUGCCCUAAGGAGACCCUUUGGGGAGCUUGGAAAGCCACUAAAAAAAAUCAUUGCAAUUGAAAAAAUGUAAGAUUAGAUAAUUCUACAGGUCACACCCCAAAGGCAACAGGAAAUUCUAUGGAAAAUUUGUCAGCUCAUGCUAAAAGAUUAACAUAAUUCUUACAAUAAAUUUAGACUUAAGUAGCUCAUGAACAUCAAAUUCCAGAAAAUUUUAUUCAUGAAGAUACACAAAGAAACUAAUGAAGGGGCACAGUCCCCUGCACCCCGGAACCGUUACUCAGUUUCAUAUGUGCUCCUUGAGGUAUGAGACCCUGAGAAGGGAAAAUUCCAUUUUCGGGCUAGAAGCAAGAUUCAGGGGUUAAUUCCUCCUUGCUUGCUAAAACAGCCUUGACAAAGGAAUGUACCAGAGGGCAGCUGGAGACUGAGCUCCUGCCUAGGGCUGUGGGCGUUGCACUUUGUUCCCUAACUUCAGGUUACACAAGUUCAUUUAAACUUUGAGGAGAGUGGGCAAACAGAACAAACAGCCUGGUGUCCUUGUGGUUUAUCUUUAAGUUAAAUGCUCCAGAAUUAGAAAUGAUGUAUAUGUGCUUUGUAACAUUUAUGCGGAGGAGGAAUUUUUUAUGGCAGUUUCAACUAGUGCAUUUGCUCUUUAUUCUUCGUUAUUUUUAUCUGAUGAGUUUGGAUAUAUAAUACAGUGAAUAAAAAUGGGUUGUUGCUGAGUGCCUGAUUGAGCCUCAGUCUUCCCUUUGCAAAUCAAUCUGUCUGGGGUGCUUUCUUCUGCAUCACUGAGUAGGCUAGUGGACAGCAACAAACUAAUGUAUAUGAACCUAGUAUUUAAUCAAAGAAUAAAAUGAUACCAGGCUUUUACCUAUAAUGUUUAAGCUCUGAUCUGGAUGGAUGAUAAUUUUGAAUGAUGAAAAUAUACUUUUCAGUACUUAAUUACUUCUAACUGCAGUUCUCAGUGCCUUCUAGUUUUAUAGGAAUUAAGAAACGGUGAGUGGGGCUGGGCUCAGUGGCUCACACCUGUAAUCCUAGCACUCUGGGAGGCCAAGGCAGGUGGAUUGCCUGAACUCAGGAGUUUGAGAUCAGCCUGAGCUAGAGUGAGACCCUGUCUCUAAAAAUAGCCAGGUAUUGUAGCAGGCACUUGUAGUCCCAGCUACUCGGGAGGCUGGGGCAAGCGGAUCUCUUGAGCCCAAGAGUUAGAGGUUGCUGUGAGCUAUAUUGCCAUAGCACUCAACCAGGGCGACCUGAGUGAGACUGUCUCAAAAAAAAAAAAAAAAAAAACAUGAGCAUAUUUACACAUAGCACAUUUAUAAGUCUGAUCUUUUAAAACUUCCUUUUUCAAUAGUUGUCAUCUAUGGAAUUUCACCAUUUGUGGGGAAAGUAAUUUUUUGUUAUAUGAGUUAUAAUAAGCCAUUUUCAUUCAUGGUGAUUAGACUUUUUAAGGUACAAGUACACCGAGAAAAUAACAUUUAGAAGUUACUUGGUGAAACUUUGUCCACAUUACUCUUUCUGACAUCUAUACACAGAUUAAACAUGGUUUAUUCUUUUUCCUUUUACCCAAAUUGCCUCGUUGAGUUUGCUGUCUAUUAUAAGAAGAAGAGUUAUAAUCUGGGAUGAUUUAACAGAGUAUUCUUCAAAAUGCAACUAGAAAAGUGUAUUACAUAAAUAAUAUAAAAUACACCAUUAAGAAUAUUCUAGGGCGGCGCCUGUGGCUCAGUGGGUAGGGUGCUGGCCCCAUAUAUUCAGGGUGGCAGGUUCAAACCCGGCCCUGGCCAAAUUGCAACCAAAAAAUAGCUGGGCACUGUGGUAGGCGCCUGUAGUUCCAGCUACUUGGGAGGCUGAGGCAAGAGAAUUGCCUAAGCCCAGGAGU